AUGGACGAGGCUCCAUCUACACCCGCUGGCACCGGCCAGCAAAAACGACCCCGCGUUUCGGAGGAAAACCGCAAAAGGGCGGUGCGAGCCUGCGAUGGCUGUCGUCGCGUAAAAGAGAAAUGUGAAGGGGGCGUUCCCUGCCGUCGGUGCCUUCGAUAUCGCCGCCAGUGUGUCUUCACGCACGCCGAUCAAGCGGAGAAGCCCUCGCGCUCGUCAUCUGUCUCAUUGCUGGAACGAACCGCCGCACGCAGCCGCCAUGACAUGCUUGAGGCUGAGAGAAUCCGAUGCAUGGAACGGAUACUACAGCAUUAUGUGCCGAAUAUUUCUCUCGAUAUUCAGUCGCUUCGGAAGACUGCGGAGGAGUUGAAGAGUAAACAUCGUACUUCUGACUCGGAGGGAGGUCCGUCGGUCGUGCUGGAAAGCGAGGAGCUUGAUGAUCUGGCGAUCGAUGAUGAAGAUUUCACUAUCAAGGCUUUGCCGGAUAAUACAAUGCAGUACUCGGGCGAAUUCUCCUACCUGAACUUUUCUAUGAAGAUUAGGAAGAAAAUUGACGAGUGGAUGAAGGCUGAAACACCAGAGGUCUCUACCGAAAGUGAACCCUUUGAAGAGCGGUGGCGGGCAACGCAAUUGCAGUCUGGAGCUGUUGUAUCUGCGUCUGUUACGUGCCUACCACCCCGGUUUGUAGCCGACUUCUUGGUGCAGAUGUUCUUCAAAUACGCCCAGACAAAUAACUUCUACGUUGAAGAGGACUGGCUCAAAGAUAAACUCAACCUUUGCUAUAUAAACCCUGCAAGUCUUUCGUGCAAUGACGCCGGUGCAGUCUGCUCUAUUUUGAUGGUUCUUGCGAUUGGAACACAAUUCGCGCACAUGGAGUCAGCGACUCCAGUGAACCGCGUAUCGUCCAGCUCUACUGAUACCGAUGACCACGGUUUCUCUGAGGACGAGGUUGGCUUGACAUUUUAUCAAUUCGCCUCUAAAUUGCUCCCUGAUAUUAUUGCCUCGGCGUCGAUUCGCAGUGUACAGGCUUGCUUGUUGAUUGGUACAUACCUAUUACCUCUUGAUACUUCGGGCCUUUGUUACACUUACUUUGGCCUUGCCCUGAAGAUGGCGAUUCAAAACGGCAUGCACAGAAAAUACAGUGGCUCAGGACUUCCACCUCAUAUGAUCGAACUUCGGAAUAGGGUAUUUUGGACGGCUUAUACUAUUGAAAAGCGAGUCAGUAUUCUCCACGGGAGACCGGUCUCUCUAUCUGAUACGGACGUGGACGCUGCACUACCCGUUGACUUUCCAGCACUAAUGCCACGGGGCCAAGCUUCCAACCAUACCAAUAUGAUAACCCUGAUUACUUUAACACUGAAGCUUGGUGAGGUUUCAAAUGAGAUAUGUACUCUCCGAAAAUGCCGCAAGAACCAACAGCCAGAUUGCCUCGAAAGAUUACUCAAUCUACGCAAACACCUAGUUGAUUGGUGGAACACUUUACCAGAAGAGACCAAUUGUCGGGACCUAAAUCCAACAGGGCCUCUGUUUCGAUCGAAUGUACACCUGAAAUUGGAUUACUGCCUCACUCGAAUUUUCUUGGGACGACCGUUCCUAUUCAGCAGCAUGAAGGGGUUCUUCUCAGCCGCAUUCCAAAUUUCUCCCCUAAAAAUGAAUUCUGGCGUCUCCAAGAAUCGGUCAACGCUGGUCACAGACUGUGUUGAAGCAGCUCUAGAAAUCAUCGACCUCUGCCGCCUACUUCGGGAUGAAACGGGUCUUGCUCGUGCAUCCUUCACAGAAUUUAGCUCCUGCCGUGCUGCACUACUGGUCAUUCUCGCUCAGAGCUUGACCAAACGCACAGAAAGACUCCGCGAAGCUCUACAGAAGGGCAUGGGGCUCAUCAAGAUCAUGUCUAUGGGCGUCGGAUCUGCUCGAUCUGCCGUAAGUGUCAUUGAGGCUCUAGAAAGAGCCAUAUCCCGUCUCGAAGAAUAUAGUGCCUCUCAAGGAACCAGCCAGUCAGGGUCUCAUGAGUCCGCAUACGACCGCUUUAAAAACUGGGAAAUGCUCUGGAAAACCGGUCCACUUUCGCCAGAUGCCCAUACCUUCCAAGAGCCGUAUCCCCCUGAUGGGAACGGCGUUCAUCCACCUGGCCUGACACCCGCUCCAGGGUCCAUUAGUCAAAGUGAGAUGCAGGAUCCAACCGUAUCACAUCCUGAUAUUACCUCCCCCUCUGAUUUCUUAACACCUCAUACGUUUUCGCAAAUGCCGCAUAUUGGGCUCGAUCAUUUCGUGUCGAAUCUUCCUCAGGAACUUAAUGAAUUUACGGCAAUUCCUUGCUUCGAGACGGAGACACAGCAGGGGCUUCCUGGGGAAAUAAAACCAGAUAACUGGAUGCAAUUUUGA